GCUGCGUCGUCAGACAAACGAGGCUUUGAGCUUCGAUUCGCUCGCGCGGCAGCUGAAAACUAUGAGGCUUUCAAGAUCUCCACAAUUCGGCUGCUCACUCUCGAGCCACUGUACAGUACAACACAGGCCCGGAUUGACACACCCAGCACGAGAGCUGAAGACCCAAUCCCGCCUGAGGAGGAGCCGGGUUUCCUGGAACAAUUCUGGUGGCUGCCCUGGCUUGGUGGCUCU